AUGCGGUCCCAGCAUUGCAGGGGGCAUGACUUGACGAAAGUGGACGUAGCAAGGGUAAAUGGUGGGACGGGUGCACCUCCUAGGGCUCAGGCUCCCCCGGGCAGCGACCAGAGGUGGCGGUGGUGGUGGCGGCAGCGUCUCCCACAGCACAAGCAGCUGGAUUGGGGCACCCAGUUGUGGCCUCCUGACCCCAGUCCCAGGUUUAGCCAGAAGCAGUCCUUUGUACAGAUUCUCCAGGAGGUGAAUGACGUUGCAGGCCAGCAAGAACUGGUGGCUGAGAACCUCAGCACGCUUGUGUGUCCUGAGCUGCUCAAGUACUCACAGGAGUUGAAGCAGGAGAGGAAGAUGCACUUCCAGGAAGGAUGGCGGGCUCAUCAGCAGCUGGAAAGUGGCUUCAAACAGCUUGAAAAUAGUAAACAUAAAUUUGAGCAAGAUUGCCAGGAGGCAGAGAAAGCAGCCCAGACCGCUGAGUGGCUAGACCAGGAUAUCAGUGCCACCAAGGCCGAUGUGGAGAAGGCCAAGCAGCAAGCCCACCUUUGGAGUUAUGUGGCAGAAGGAAGCAAGAAUGAAUAUGCGGCCCAGCCAGACCAGGCCCACUUCUGUGUUUCACAGAUGCCCAAGAUAUUUGAUAAACUGCAGGACAAGGAUGAGGGUAGAGCCACCUUCAGUGAGAUCAGUAAGUCAGGGUACUGGCUGCUGUCAGAGACGGAACUGCAGUUGUUACUCAUCAUUACCAAGUGCUUUGAGGCCAUGAAGGUGGUUGCCAAUGCUGUGGAUGCCAAGAAUGACACCCAGGUUCUCAUAGAGCUGCACAAGUCAGGUUAUGCCCACCCUGGUGACAUGGAAUUCGAAGACUUCAGCCAGCCUGUGAUCUGUGCACACUCAGAAAAUGGCCUGGACACCCGCUCAGAUGGAGAGCCUAAGUUCCAGGGCCCUGGCCAUAGUCGUGCCAAGCGCUGGCCUUUUGGCAAGAAGAGCAAGCUGGUAGUCACACCCCCUAACCCUCUUCCCCCUGGAGGGUGUCAUGUCCUUGACCUUGCCUCGUGGGUUCCCUUCCCAGCUAUGUCUAUGGUCUUAUUGAGUGAGAUCGGUAAGUCAGUCAAUCUGUGGCUAUCAUCCUUCCAGAUCCUUCCAGGAGGCCAUGGGACUGUGGCUUCAGAGGAUUUUAGCCACUUGCCCCUGGAGCAGCAGAGACAGCGGCUCCAGCGUCAGUUAGAAGAACACAACCAGGAGCUGCACAAGGAGGAGGAUCAGAGGGAAUCUCUGAAGAAAAUGAUGUGUUAUGAGAAGACACCCCAGAUGGGUGACCCUGCCAGCUUGGAGCCCCAGAUCACAGAAACACUGAGCCACAUCAAAUGGCUGAAAUUGGAAGUACAGAAGUACAAGGCUUGGCUGGCAGAAGCUGAGAGCCGGGUCCUAAGCAACCUAGGGGACAGCCGGUGCCAGCACACCUGUCCUCACAACCCCCCAUCCAGUGUCCCCAGGGACAGUAGCAGAAACGCUUCACAGGUCAACAAGGAGAGAGCACACUCAGAAGAGGGCCAGGAAACCCCUAUCUACACGCCGUGCCACGAGGAUUUUGAGGAGCCCGCAUCACCCAUAGGCCAGUGUGUGUCCAUUUACCACUCUGAAGGGUCCAGCGAGGGCACUAUCUCUAUGACCCAGGGUGAGGACCUCAGUCUGAUGGAAGAGGACAAAGGCGAUGGCUGGACAUGGGUCCGGCAGAAACAGGGAGGUGAAGGCUCUGUGCCCACCUCCUACCUCCGAGUGCCACUCAACUGA